UUUUUAGUGUUGCUCCUUGGCCUAUUCACAGUGAAAUUGCAAACGAUGGAGAACUCAUCCCAUGUCACGUUCUUCAUCCUUGCUGCAUAUGAGGAAAUUGGACACAUAAAGUACCUUUAUUUCAGCAUUAUAAUGGUAUUAUACAUUUCAAUCAUUACUGCAAACUCAUUGCUUAUCAUAGUGAUCCUUGUUGACAGGAAGCUGCAUGAACCAAUGUAUUUUUUUGUGUGCAAUCUGUCUGUUAAUGAAUUGUAUGGAAGCACUGCCUUAAUCCCUCUGCUGCUGGUGUUUAUCCUAUCAGAUGUCCAUGAAAUUCAAAGGGAGUAUUGUAUUGUACAAAUUUUCUGCCUGUAUACAUAUGGUUCAAUAGAAUUUUGCAGCUUAGCUGUAAUGGCUUAUGACAGAUAUGUGUCCAUUUGUUAUUCUUUGGAGUAUCACAGAAUAAUCACUAUGGCCAAAGUGUGCUUGUAUAUCUUCUGUGUCUGGAUUGUUUCAAUCUUCAAAUUCAUUAUUACUCUCUCCUUAAGUGCGAGGUUACAGUUAUGUGGCAAUGUUAUGAACAAGGUAUACUGUGAUAACUAUUUGUUAGUCAAACUUGCCUGUUCAGACACUACUCUUAAUAAUAUUUAUGGGCUGGUAAGCAUGUUCGUGUCUGUAGCCUUACCAUUUGUUCUCAUUUUGUAUUCAUAUGCAAAGAUUCUGAAAAUUUGCUUGACGAGCUCCAGAGUCAGGGCUAAAGCACUAAACACAUGCACUCCACAUUUAUUUUCACUGGCCAAUUUUUCAUUUGGCUGCUUUUUUGAAAUACUGAGCUCCAGAUUUGACAUGGUAAACAUCCCAUCACCGGCCCGUCAAAUAUUAUCUGUCUAUUUUUUUCUGUUACCCCCUUUCCUCAAUCCAAUUAUUUAUGGAGUAAAGACAGAAAAAGUGAGGGAGGCUUUUAAAAGAACAGCUAUUGAGCCCCUCAUAGCCUUGGUUAAUGGAAAAUAA